AUGGAGGCGGAGCAAGCGGGAGGGCCGUGGGUGGGGGUGUCGCUCAUGCCCCACCCGCAGUACCGUCGCGCCAUCCAACCGCUGCUCGACCAGCACCUCAUCGACGCCAUCGAGUGGAGCUGCGACAUAGGGUGGGGCAUGGGCGGGCGACUGCCGGCGUGGGUGGUCGACCUGCUCGACCAGUUCGGCCGGGCCGGGCGGCUGUUCGGCCACGGCGUCAUGUACUCGCCCACCUCCGCCAUCUGGGAACGACGCCAAGCCGCCUGGUUGAGGUGGCUCGAGCGAGAAUGCGAGGAGCGGCGCUUCGGCCACAUCACCGAACACUUUGGGUUCAUGACCGCCGGCGGCGCACUCGAGGGCUGCCCCCUGCCCCUCCCCUUCACCCCCGGGGCGGUCGAAGUGGGGGUGGAUCGGCUGCGGCGCAUGCACCGGGCGGCGGGCGGGGCCACGCCGGUCGGGCUGGAGAACCUGGCGCUGGCCAUGGGGCCGGCCGACGCGGCGGACCAGGGGCCGUUCCUGGCCGCCGUGCUCGAGCGCCUGGGCGACCAGGGCGUGCUGCUGCUCGACCUCCACAACCUCCACUGCCAGAUCGUCAACUUCUCCCUCUCCGCCCAAGACGCCAUCAAACGGCUCGCGUGCGACCCGGAGGGCAGGCCCUUCCGCCGGGACACCCACGACGGCGACGUGCCGCCGGAGAUCAUCGACGAACUGCUGCCGCUCGCCCUUCGCCUGUGCCCCAACCUCCGCGUCGUGGUCCUCGAACGGCUGGGCGAGACGAUUCGAUCGGAGGCGGACGCCGAGCGGCUGCGCGAAGACUUUUGUCGCAUUCGGUCGGUCGUUCGCGACUUCGCCUCGGCGCAGCGUGCUCAGAGCACGGCAGGAGCAGCAGCGGCCGCCGAUGAGAGCGCAGGCGGCCGUGCCACCGCUGAAGCUGACCACCACAACAACAUCAACGCCACCACCGCCACCGACGACGACGAUGGUGGUGGUGAUGAGGCCGCGUUGGAGUCUCCGCCGUUCGAAGAUGAGGAGCUGGGGCGGUACCAGGCGGCGUUCUUGCGGCUGUUCGUGCGGGACCUCUCACCCGAGCAGCUCCUCCACCAACUUCGCGCCCAACCCGAAUUCGCGCCAUUCCAAAAGUAUGUGGAGGGGUUCGACGUGCGGUGUGUGGAGGUGGCCUCGGUCCUGGUGCGCAAGUGGGUGCGCUUCGCUCGGCCAAAGGCGUACGAGUCCCGAUGGCGACGGCCGCGACCCGACAGCGAAGGCGAAGAAGACGAGGAGGAGGAAGAAGAGGAAGAAUACGCAGAAGAAGACGGGGAAGGAGGCGAUGGUGGCGAGUGCGAUGUGUACGAGUCUUCAGAAGCUGAUGAGUGA